AUUGGGAUUAAAACUCCCAAUCUCAUUCUCAAUUCCCACGUACCAAACAUCCCCUAAUAGUCUUGAAUAUUACGGAAAAGUUCAAAGCAAUAAGCAAUCAGAUGGAGUUUGGAGCUUUGGACUAGCCAGGGUUGCCCCAAUGAGCACGUUGACACAACUCACACAAGCAAAAGAUCCAUUACACCGUAUUCUUAACUCCAGUUGAACAACAUUAGUAAGGUGGAGCCCUGGAGGGACAAAGCGAGUACGGAAGUGAAAAGAAGAGUUCGCCGGAUAAUCAGUUUCCGGCGGCGUUAAUGGCGGUAAAAUGGGAGUGGGAGAAUGCCACCGCCGGAGCCGUCGCUGGCUUCGCCACUGUGGCAAUCAUGCACCCCCUUGACGUCGUUCGCACCCGCUUCCAAGUGAAUGAUGGACGAAUAUCGAAUCUCCCAAGCUACAAGAACACUCCCAAUGCUAUCUUCACCAUCGCCCGUUCUGAGGGUUCGAGGGGGCUUUAUGCUGGCUUCACCCCAGCUGUUAUAGGAUCAUCUAUUUCAUGGGGCCUGUUUUUCUUCUUCUAUAGCAGAGCUAAAAAAAGGUAUUCUCGUGACGAGGAGGAUAAGCUGAGUCCUGGACACCAUUUGGCGGCAGCUGCAGAGGCUGGUGCACUGGUAUCAUUUUUCACAAAUCCUGUGUGGGUCAUUAAAACAAGAUUACAGCUACAGAAUCCUCUUCAUCAAACCCGCCAAUAUUCUGGUGUUUAUGAUGCUCUGAGAACCAUAACAAAAGAGGAAGGGUGGACUGCACUCUAUAGAGGAAUUUGGCCAAGUCUUUUGCUGCAGGUCUCUCAUGGUGCCAUACAGUUCACUGCGUAUGAGGAAUUGCGUAAACUUCUUGUUGAUUUUAAGUCGGAAAAAGCCAAAACUAAAGAUGUUGAAGUGCUGAACUCCCUAGACUAUACCUUUUUGGGAGCUUCUUCUAAAGUUGCAGCCAUUCUCUUUACAUACCCAGUUCAGGUCAUUCGAUCAAGAUUACAGCAAAGGCCAAAUCAAAAUGGCGUUCCAAGAUAUGCAGAUAGCUUUCACGUGAUCAAAGAAACUGCACGGUUUGAAGGUCUUCGUGGUUUCUACAAAGGUAUUACAGCUAACUUAUUGAAGAAUGUGCCUGCAUCUGCUGUAACUUUUGUUGUAUAUGAGAAUGUUCUAAAGGUGUUCAAUUUGACUAGAAAGAAAGAUUAAUCCUAUAUUCUUUCAUCUAUUUUUUUUCUUGAAUUCUCUGCUACCUCUGCUUCUUGAUUUUUUUACUAAACCCCCCACCCCCCCACCCCUUUCCUAAGCCCCCUUUCUUUUCUGCACCCAUCUUCAACAGGUAGAUACAAUACUGUGAAAGAACAGGGCAUGCCAGUAUGAGGAAAUUAUUGUCACGUUUCUGUUGCUUAAUUUAUUAAUCCUAUUGAACUGGUUACCUUGA